UAGGUAUGCAUGAGAAUAGAAUAGGUGCCUGGGGUGGAUUGUUCUAUGAAUCUAUAAAUCGUGGUGGACCACCUUGGCUCCUUACCAGCUACCAAGUUUGCUGAAAUACCGAUUUUAUCCCAAUGCACGGCCGAAAGACUAUUUUCGAAAGAUGAAUAUCAAUCAAGAGGGAUUCGGCCGUCGCCUAGAUGUUAUACAGAAAACCCUAAAACAGUAUAACUUAAAGUCAACGAAAGUUACACCGAUUGCCUAUGUCGAACAUUGCCCUUUCUAUUUCAAUAACUACAUAUACAAGAUAGAUCUCGAAUCUCCGGCGGUUCCGGCAACAUUCCCGAAGAAUCAAUCAUGCACAACGUCUCCUCCCGAGAAUGGCGUCUCAACAAUAGUAUUGAGGAUGAGCAACCCUCUCGCCGAAGGUCUUAAUAACGCCAACCGUGUGGAGAAUGAUGUGGCGUCUCAAUAUCUUGCACGGCAAUCCAUUGAAUCCGCGGGGUUGCCUCUUGUGGUGCCUGCUGUCUAUGCUUGGGCGCCGUGUAGGUACCCGGAAGUACCAGGCGAGGCUGGGUUCGGGUGGACGAUAAGCGAGUUCAAACCGGGAUCAGACUUGGAUGCCGAAUUCGCCUUGUUGGAGUUGUCCGAUGCAAUAGACGCCGUUCAUCAACUAGCUAAGAUCUUUACUGCCAUACAGAAAGCCAAAAUCCCCGAGACAGUCACCAGAUACGGUGCGUUGACUCUAGAUGAAAAUGGCGUCAUAAUAGGCGGGCAGCCACCGUUAUUGAAGGGUGGCCCGUUUGGUACUUACGCGGAAUUAUGGGUUGCUAAGCUGCAGACGCAGCUAGCCGACGCUGAAAACAGCUCGCUGCUUAAAGGAUGGGAGGAAGGAGGGGCACGGGGGCGCAUUGAUAAGUAUAUUGCAGCGGGUGGCGUUGAAAAGGCGCUGCAGGCUGUGGAUAACCGAAGAGUACUGGUACAUGGAGAUCUGACUCUGAACAACGUGUUAUAUGACAAAGCGACGAAGCGCAUCACAUCAGUUCUCGAUUUCGACUGGUCAGCUGUCACUCAUCCCUGUGAUGAAUUCCUGACAGGUCUUUGGGAUAUAGGAGGCGGGAUCCACGAGAGGAAUGAAAUAUUCCAGCCAAUGCUUCUAUCCGGGGACUUCAGUGCGCGACCCGAGGGCUUAUCGGAUGAAGAGGUUAGAAAAUGGGAGGUGGCUAAAGCUUGGGAUGCAGCCAUCACUCAAGCGGGUGCCAUACGACCGAGUGACGUCACGGGUGUGGACGGAAUACAAAUGUUAAUAGAUCUGGAGGAUUUGUUGUGUCCAUUUGAAUUGUCUAAUGAAGCCAUGCUGAAGCGUUUUUCAGAUGACGUGAAGCUGAAGAAGAGACAAGAGACGGAGGCAAAAAUACUGAAAUGGCUAGAUACUCAUGGGAUUACUCCGUAAUUCCAAUUCUGUCCUCUUAGACGGGAAGAUAAUCUUAUUCAUUUUUUAUGGGUUUGAAGCUCGUGACUAGAGUUGCUCCAUUUCAACACAGAGGACCGAUAAUGGUGAGAAUUGUUAAAUACCUAGGUACUUUAGCUUCGGAGUCGGAGAAGAAAACGGGCGAUAUAAAAGUGGCUGGAGCUCGGAUGAUGGCACUGUGAUAUCUUGGCACAUUAUCGAUAAUCCAUUUUGAGGUUAGUCGUGGCUGGAGCUGUCGGAUUGGUUCAAUCAGCCGUGACAUUUUCCCCACACGGCCAAAGCUAGAAAAAUUUUGGAGCUUUCU